AUGCACAAUCCAAUGGCUUGCUUCAUCUACAUCAACGGCUACCCGGGCGUCGGCAAAUUCACCGUCGCCAGCGCUCUCUCUAAACUGAUUCCACGCAGCCGCGUCUUCCACAACCACCUGGUAAUCGACCCCGUCGCCGCCAUGCUCGAUCGCGACGAUGCCGAGGCCUACAACGAUAUGAGAACCACAUUCCGCAGACACGCUCUGGACACCAUCGCCACACACCCUGCGCUUGCGGACAAGACGUUCAUCUUUACAGACGCGCGGGAGUCGGGUCCUCUCGGCAGCGAAGCGGCGCAAAAUUACAAGGCGGCCGCUGAGAAAAGGGGCGUGCCGUUCAUCUCGGUCGUGUUACAUUGCGACGUGGACGAGAAUGUCAGGAGACUUGGAGGCCGGAGGUGUGCUAAAGAUGGUGAGGGGGCUAGUAACACCAAGUUGACUGAUGAUGAGAUUCUGAGAAAGAUUCGGGAGGAGGAAACCAUCUUUCAGUUUGGGGAUGAAAACGAAAUGUGUCUGGACGUCACGAGCCUGGAGUCCGAUCAUUCUGCGUUCCUGAUUUUACAACAUGUGAACGCGAUUCACCAUCGUCUUGAUAAAGACAAUUGA